AUGAUCAUUUUGAUUGAUGCUAAUCAAGAUAAUAGUGCACCCAUUAGUUUACAUAUUGGUGGUUUGUUCAAUUAUGAUAAUUCAUUUAUAAACAAUGGAAAAUAUGAUUUACAAGCUGCUCGAAUGGCUAUUGAUGAAAUUAAUGAUCGUUACGAUGAAUUAUUCGAUGGCCGUUAUACGUUAAAUUUACUUUCAAAUAAUUCUAAAUGUGAUCCGAUCUACGCUGUCGAUGCUUUUUUCCACGCAAUAUUUCGUUGUCCACAGUUAAUUUUUCUAAUUGGAACAUCAUGUAUAAAUGAAACAAAAUCUGUAAUUCAAGUAGCUGAUUAUUACAAUCUUAUUCUCUUUUCACAUUCAACUUCAUUUAUUUCGCAAGCUGACCAAACAUAUUCAACACUUGUUCGUCUGUCAGUAUCGGAUGAAAACUAUAACGAUGGGCGAGUUGCUUUUAUUAAAUAUAAUAAUUGGUCUCAUGUAGCGAUUCUUCAUCAAGAUUCAACAGAAUAUUCUCUUAUGAUGGCAAAAUUAGCUAAGCGUUUAAAUGAGUCAAAUAUUAAUAUUAUUCUAACUCAAAGUGCUUCUAUGGCCAACCUUACAUCAGCACUUCAGACUCUUCGAGAAAAAAAAGCUCGAAUAGUGUUUGUGAAUUUCGAUACGUCAUCACGGGCUGCUUUUUUCUGUGAAGUACAUCGAACAUUUACGAAAGAACUACGUAAACGUUAUGUUUGGAUAUUAACCGGAAAUGAUUUUCACUUAUGGAAUUUAUCAACAAGUAAUUGUUCAAUGCACGAUAUCAUUAAUGCAGCUCGUGGUCAUAUUAUUAUUGAUAGUUUAUAUCAAAUAAAACCAAGUUUAAUUAAUCCAAAUACGACAGUACAAGACUUAGAAGAACAUCUUCGUUUAAAUGGACAUCUCGAUAGACAGAUCUUACAUGCUUUUGAUGCUAUUUGGUCUAUUGCUUUACUUAUACGAGCAUCUAUUCAACGAAGCAUAGGAAUUGAAAAUUUCAGUUAUAGUUCAGCAGAUAUGAAAAAUCAAUGGUUGGCUUUAUUAGAAGAAAUUUAUUUUCAUGGACUUUCUGGUCCUGUUUCAUUUCGAAGUCGUCAACGGCAAGCCGAAACUCUUAUAAGUCAAUUUCAAAUCGAUACAGAACAACAAAUUCAAAUUGUAGCUGAAUAUUCGCCAUUAUUAGGAAUCAAUACAAAAUGCGCAGGAUGCCGUGUAUUGGUUUGGCCAGGCGCAAUUCCAGUUGAUACUGAACGAAGUGAAGUUCGACGACUUGUUAUGAAUAUGAUCGAAAUCGGUCUUAUUACUACUGGUUGCAUAUUAGGUCUUGCACUUGCAAUUUUCUUCUUAACGUUUAAUAUUAUUAAUCGACAUCAACGGUAUAUUAAAUUGUCAAGUCCAAAAUUGAAUAAUGUAAUGGUUCUUGGUGCCAUGCAUAUUCAUAUUUCGAUUAUUCUUUUUGGUCUCGACGAAUGGUUUCUUGAUCGAAAUUUGCUUGGCCAUGCUUGCAUGCUACGAAUUUUCCUCUUGUCGGGCGGUUUUUCAUUAAUGUUCGGCUCAAUGUUUUUAAAAACCUUACGUGUCUAUCGAAUAUUUACAUCUCGGGAUCGGCCAUUACUUCAUUCUAAACUUCUUCAAGAUCAACAUCUUCUAUUAUUAUGUUUUGUUUUAUAUGGUAUUGAUAUUAUAUUUAUGAUAUCCUGGCAAAUAUUUGAUCCGCAUUCAGCAAAAAUUACCUAUGGACCAAUUAGACGAUUUGAUGUUGAUAUUAUCGUGUUGAACGAAAUAUCUUAUUGUGCUUCAAAAUAUCGACAUAAGAUUUUACCAUUGAUUUAUGUAUAUAAAUCUUUAUUUCUUAUUAUGGGCGGCUAUUUAGCUGCUAAAACGCGUCAUGUUCAUAUAGCUGCAUUGAAUGAUUCUAAAUUUAUUGUAUGGAGUAUAUAUGUCGUUGUUUUAACUAGUUUAUUCACUGUUAUUGUAAUGAUUUCAAUGCAAAAUCUAACAACAUAUGUUGCAAUAUGUUUAGUUGUUAUUGUUGUGACGAGUUCAAUAUUAUGUUUAGUUUUUUUACCCAAAGUAAUUAUUUUACAAAGUCGACACAAAUCUUCACAUGCAGUUGUUUCAAAAGAUCUAGUCGUUGAUUCAUCGCGUACACGACGUUUAGUUGUCGAAAUCAGUUGCUAUGAAAAAUAUCGUUAUGCGCAAUUACAAAAUCGAGAACUUAAAAGUGAACUUAUUCGAUUAAAUCAUAUUUUACAUACUGCUGAACAACGUCUUGAACCAAUGCAAUCAAAUAUUGCUAUAGCUCUUUUCCCACUAGCUGUUCAGUUGGCAUCAACAUGUUUGCGUACAUCGGAAGUCCCCUCAAUAGCUGUUCGAUCGAAUAGCAGAAUAAAUAUUGAACCGAUCAAAUUUUCUAAAGAAGACGUUCAUCGUCUUGGGAUCGAUUCAACUAGUUCAAACAAUACAUUAUGCAAUUAUGAUCGAACAUUGUCAUCGAUAUCGGAACUCGAACUUUCCAUUGCUUUACAACCAAUAAAUGAUGUUAGUUCAUUACCAUUGAGUACUUUAGAUAACCAAGAUUAUCUAAUAGUAGAUGAUGAGGAUGCUGAUGAAAAUACAAGUCUACCAAUUCAAGCAACAAGUGAUACUGAAUCGGUGCUUUAUUUACGUUUACCAUAUGAAUUAAACAUGGGCGCAGCAACAUUCGAUAGUGAUUUCGACAAAAUAGAGUAUUAG